CAUUUCAACUUAGUAACUAAGACGCGCCGCCAACUUUAAUAACAACUUGGUGAAAUUUUGCUAAAACUUCGAAAUUGGUGGAAAAAUCGUGGAAAAAGUAGCAAUUUGGCGAAGUAAUGGUGUAAAUAUUUCGUUUAAGCUUUAUAGCACUUUAAUGAAGUAUGAUUUGGUCUGCAGAGUAAAAAAACGACCUUGAAGUAGCUCCACCAAACAUGAGCAAAGCAGAAAUUUACCGAAAUAACUCAGAAUUCACAUUUAAACCAAAAUUGAACAGUCAGAGUUAUAAAAUAAUAGAGAAAAUUGAAUUGGAUUUUAUGGCUCGCCAAAAGCAACAUAUACAAAAACAAAAGAAAAUGAUGGACAAAGAAGAUAACGAUUCUCAAACGGAUACAUCGAAGAGUCCUUCUCCCCCAGCAAUAGAUUGUCACCUCCGAAUCAUCUUCCCGAAAAAUCAUUUUUCUUUCUAUAACUAGACCUUUUGUAAUAAAGGAGAGGAAAUUAUUCAAGGGUUUCCAUAUUUAAACUUUAUUAACUGCAUGGUUUUGUUGUGUCGUAUAUAGCUAAAUUUAUGCAAUAUCAUUGACAAAGUAGAUGUAAAUUUGAAUAACAACUAGUCUGUGAUAAAAGAUUAGGAAAUAGGCAUGACAAUGAUAGAAUUAUUCGUGGAAAUAUGAUUAAUAGAAUGAUAUGAAUUCAAAUUGGCAGUUUAGUAUUGCUUAAUGUUCAUAAAGGUGGUGGUUGCACUCUAAAUAGUUGUUAAAAGCACAUAAUUUUCCAGUAAAUCAUGGAAAAAGCCGAAAUAAUCUACGUCGUAGUCGAACAUUCGUUAAUUGGAUUAGACCAGCAACUUCGCUGUCUAGAAGCAAAACUAUGCCGCUAAGAGCUAGUUUUCCACCAACCAAAAGCAAACCAAUCAAUAGCGAUCGUUUGAAAUUGGCUAAAGAAUUAGUAGAAAAGGCAAUCAGAAACAAAAAAAUUUUUACAAUACAAGGCCCUUACAGACCUAUUAGAGCCGCCCUUCGUCGAAGGGGAUGGGUCGAGAGGUUUUACAAACCAAGCAAACUAAAAUCACCCAGAAAGAAUGAGGAAAGAGACGAAAAGGAAUCGGAUAGCGACGACGACGAUCUUACAGAUGCAGACGACGACGAUGGGCCGAAGCCUUGGGAAGAGGAGGAUGGAAUUUAUGGUAUCAUGUCAAGAAUGGUGCGGAAUAUUCCUCCUACAUUUAUUUGGUGUAUACGUAGUAAAGAAGCAACAGAAGGAGCCAAAUUAAGAUGUCAACAGAUUAUUAAUCAUUAUUCGGGAGCAGGGAGUUUUACUACAAAAUCAGGUUUAUGCUUAUCUUGUCGAGAUGUACCUUGGUUCGAAAAGCAAGAUCCAAAUCAAUUCUUACCAAGAUCAUUCCGUAUAGCAAAUGAAGAAGAUAGAGCAGCCUUUGUAGAGGACUUUCGCCUCACGGCUUGCGAGAGUGUUCUUAAAUGGGUUUUAGAAAGGAACCAAAUGACUGGCGAAUCAACGGAAGAUAAGGACUCCAAACCAAUGUUACCUCUUUCCCUUCUAACUAAUGCAAUAGCAUUUUGUAAAGAUUUUAUACGCUUUAAGGCUCAUGAUGAUUUAGACGAUUCGAGCAGUUGCAUGACAAAAAACAGUGACUCUUUUUGGGAUGAUUUUCUCUCAUCUUAUUACAAACUUGUUCAUGACGGUGGUUGGUUGCCCAAAACCGAUGAAUUUAUAGUAGAAAUUAAAAAGAUUUCUGAUAUAUUUCUUAAGCUAAGACCUCAGCAUAAAAUUGAUGGACUUCGAAACGUUUGGGUCAUAAAGCCCGGAUGCAAAUCAAGAGGUAGAGGCAUCAGAUGCUCUAGUAGAUUAGAAGAUAUCGUCUCUUUAUCGCGUAGUGCUGUUGGUCAACGAGAAUCAAAAUGGGUUGUUCAAAAAUACGUUGAACGUCCAUUACUUAUACAUUCUACUAAAUUCGAUAUAAGACAAUGGUUCUUGGUAACCGAUUGGAAUCCAUUGACAAUAUGGUUUUAUAAAACUUGUUAUAUAAGAUUUUGUUCAAAGGUUUUUACAUUAGAUAACCUAGAAGACGUUGCUGUUCAUUUAUCAAAUCAAUGUGUACAAAAGCAUUGUGUUAUUGAUGCUGAAUCAAAAAUACCUAAAACUAGAAUAUGGAGUCUAGAAGAAUUUAAAAGUUGGUUAAAAGAAUAUAAAACAGAUAAAUGGGAUGAAAAAAUUUAUCCUGGAAUGAAAAAUUCCAUAACGUGUACGCUUCAGGCUUCUCAAGAUAGUAUCGAUUGUCGAAAGAACUCUUUUGAGCUAUUCGGAGCAGAUUUUAUGAUAGCCGACGAUCUUGAACCAUGGCUUAUUGAAAUCAAUUGUUCGCCAACAAUGGGUUCUGGAAAAUCUCCAACGCUAACUCGCCUUAUGAACGACGUUCAAGAAGAUACAGUAAAAGUAAUUUUAGAUAGGAGAUUCGAUAAAAAUAGCGAUACGGGAAUGUUUGAAUUGAUUUAUAAAGCCAACCAUGUGGCCUUACCUCCCUAUAUAGGCCUUGAUUUAAGUGUUUCCGGCACCAAGGUGUGUCUUCCUGUGUUUAAGACUCCUAGAACAAGUAAGCCAGCCCCUGAAUCACCUAACGAGUCGGCUGAAGAAGAAAAGCCAGAAAAAAGACCAGAAACAAGACCAGAAACUCCUAAAGUCAAACUUAAAUAUCAUAAAGUUAAAAAACCGUCUCCAGCAAUAGAAAAGAUUGAAAAAGUUGACAAGGAUGAAAAAGAAAAAGGAACGAACAAAGAAGAGGAAAAGACGAAAAGACUGAGUGUUAAUUCUGACAAGGAUAAGCAACAGCCAAAACUACUCUCCUCAAAAAGUAUUAUGGAAGCGAGCGAAUCUCAACUCAAAGCGAAGCAAAGGUAUUUGUCCGAAAAGGAGAAAUUUGUCUAUUCCAGUUCAAAAAUUAGUCUGGAAACCUCGGAUUCUCAACUAAAGACAACAAAACAUAAAUUAUUCCUACAGAAUUCUUUUGAUGCAGAUAAAAACAAGGAUAGAGAUAGAGAAUCUCUUUCAUCCAGCUCAAAAAGUUUAGUUGAAUCGGGAGAAGAAAAAUUAAAAAUAGCGAGACAAAAAUUAUUAUUACAUCAUUCAGCAGAUUCUUCAAUUAAACUCACAGACAGUGAUCCUUCUAUGAAAAUAGAUAAAUUACCUAAAAUUCUUCAAUAUACCCAUAGGCAGCAAUUAACAGCUUCAGUAGCAUCUGUCGCUCCCCAACUGGAUCCUGAGUUAAGUAAUUUACAUUUCCAAAGACCGUUUAAAGGAAAAAAGACAAGCUAUUCAAAAGCAAAUGUGAGAAGCUUUACGAAAGAAGGUUCUACUCUAACAGUUAAGAAAAUAGCUCAUAAACGUCGAAAGAAUUAUCAACAGACCAAUCAACAAUAUCAACAUCAUCAGCCGCCUCAUCAGACACAUCAUGAUUUAGAAAUAAAAUCACAUAGGACUAUAUCAUAG